AUGAGCAGGACGCCCAGACCCACACCAAUAUGUGUGACGGAGCUGACUGGGGCCCCAUCAUUCUUCAAACACGCAGGAAGCCCCACUAGAUACGGAUGCUUCCAUCCGGACGCUGAGGAGGAUGGCGGACCCCGGGAGCAGGAGAAACAGGCCAUCUCCUCCAUCCUGGGCACCUGGCUGGAUCACUACCCCGAGGAAUUUUUCCAGCCUCCAGACUUCACCAGCUUGAGGCUGCUGCGGGCGUAUGUAGGGGUCCACAUGCCGGGCUCCAAGCUGCAGCGCCGCGCCCGCCUUCUCUACUCAUGGCGGAAACACCCUUUGGCAGCAGCUCUAGAGCCCCGUCCAGACGUCCCUCGGGAGCGAGCCCCCGCUAUCUCUGCGGUGCCCACUGCAGCCUCGCAGCCCAGGCUGCCUGAAGCCACCAGUUCUCCUGGAGCUCAGCGCGUACGAGAAUCGGAGACCCUCACGGCAGCGUCCCCACCAGGGCAUGAGGUACUCCCAGCUCUGGCUGACAGUCAGGAGCUGGAAGAGCCACCUGCCCCUUUGGUGGCCCCAGAACAUGAGCAGCCCUCAGCCCCAGCCGGCGGGGUCACGGAAGGGCUGGAGCAACCACCUGCUGCAGCUGAGCAACCAGCCUCAGCUCCCCAAAAGCGGCUCAUGUCGGCUGCAGCCCCAAACGAUGAAUUCCCUGACCUUGUCAUUGCGUUCUUUCUCAUUUUAGUAGUGGGUAUAGAGGUAUUUAGUGUCCUUAUGUACUAUUGGUUUAUGCUUAAGAGAUAAAUUAAGUUUCAAAAAAUUUACUCUGAUCCUUUGAAAUUACAACUUCAAGUGUCAGUACGUACAUUCGCAGGAUUUUACACCCGUGACUACUCUGUACUCCUAGAACAUUUCCAUCACACAGACACGUGGACUACUAAUCACCCACGGCUCAUUCCCUCACCCCAGUCUCUGCAACCAGCGAUCUCGGUUUCUGCUGCUUUAGCUCCUCUGGGAUUUCCAUGGGUGUGCAAACACACAACAUGGCCUGUUG